AUGAGCUCUACGAAACUAUAUACCCCUAUAAUCCCUCCCAUCCCACCAACGGAUGAGACACGGCCAAAGCCGCUCGAAGGCGUGCAUGAGGAGAAGCGGCUCCAGGUUUUGGCGCAUUUCACGGCAGAAGACUACAAGCUUCCGAAUGUAGAGAAGGACCCUAAACUUAUGGAAAUGGAAAAGUUUUGGCUUACUAACGACUGCAUGCUCCGGUACCUAAGGGCGACCAAAUGGGACGUUCCCGCUGCGAUCAAACGAUUAGAAUCAACUUUGGCAUGGCGUAGAUCGUUCGGGUUCUAUGACUCUCUGACCCCAGAGCACGUAGAAAUAGAGGGACAAACGGGAAAGGAAGUCAUUUUUGGCUACGAUCAAGGCAACCGACCUGGUCUUUAUAUGUUCCCUAGCCGUCAGAAUACGGAAGAGAGUGAGCGCCAGAUCCAAUAUGCAACCUUUAUGAUCGAGCGCACAAUCGAUCUCGCGCCUCCUGGCAUCGAAAAUAUUGCACUCUUCGUCAACUAUGGAGACAAGUCGCCAAAGUCGCCCUCACUCUCUACGUCGCGGAAUUUCCUCUCCAUCCUCCAAAACCAUUAUCCUGAGCGUUUGGGCCGCGCUUAUAUUAUCAACAUACCCUUUCUCCUCAAUGCAUUCUUCAAGGUCAUCAUGCCACUGGUUGAUCCCGUGACGCGCGAUAAAGUUCGAUUCAAUCCAAAGGUCAUUGACGAGGGCCUGAUUGACAAGGAAAUCUUGCUCAAUGCCCAAGGAUGGGGUGGCAAUGCCGAUUUCGAGUACGAGCAUGACAAAUACUGGCCAGCUCUGAUAGAAAUAUGCAAGAAACGCCGCGAGGAACAAAUGGCGAGGUGGCAUGAGUUAGGAGGCAAGAUUGGAGCGGAUGAAUGGAUACUUAAAGGCGGACCUAUAGUCGUUGCGCACCCCCAGACUGGAGACGCGUCGAACGAAGCCGUUACAAAGGAUGAAACACAUCAGACUGGCUCGAUUGCAGCUUGA